UCGGGGCUGGCAGCACCCCAGCGCACAGCGCCGUGCCUCUGGCCGCGGGGAGUGGGGGCUGCCCCGGCUCUCGACAUGUCUGGGGCGGAGGCGCUGGGCCCCCGGGAACCCGCAGGCGCUGGGGCAUGCACGGGAGAUGUCCCCUCCCUUAAAGAAAUCGAGCAGCUCCUGAACACGGGGCGGUCCUCUUGCAACCAUGUUGAUGAAGUGUGGCCUAAUCUCUUCUUAGGAGACCUAGUUACAGCUCACAACAGAUUUGUUCUGUGGAAGAUGGGUGUGACCCAUGUGUUAAAUGCUGCCCACGGCACGGCGUACAGCCACGGAGGCCAGGACUUCUACGGAGCGACCAUUCAUUACUACGGUGUACUAGCCCACGACCUCCCAGGCUUUGAUAUAAGCCAGUUCUUUUUCUCUGCAGCACAAUUUAUCCACAAUGCCCUGAACACGCCAGGAGCAAAAAUUCUGGUACAUUGUGCAGUUGGAGUAAGCAGGUCAGCUUCCCUAGUCCUAGCAUAUCUGAUGAUAAAUCACCACCUCUCGUUGGUUGAAGCCAUCAAAACAGUGAAGCAACAUCGAUGGAUUUCACCCAAUCGUGGCUUUCUGAAACACCUGCGAAAUUUGGAUGUUCAGCUACGGCAAAAAAAGGAUGGCUGAAAGGGCAAACCCAUUUACCUUCACUGUUCUGAGUUUCAGCCUUCACAGCCAUUGUGCACAUACAGCUUCCUAUGAUCAACGCAUGUUGAAAAAAUGAAGAAAAUUGUGCAUCAAAGAAAAAAGUCAACAGAACUGUAGACGGAUUAAUUUUGAUAGCUCAAUUUCUCCAAGACCAGCGCAGUCAACAAUGAGCACCGUAAGGACUGUGCGCUGCAGAGCUGCUGCACCUAGCGUGGUGCUACCAGAUGACUCCUCUGGUUGAGAUGGACUGAGUGCGUUCCUGGUUUGUGCUAAUGCCAGAGGCAAGUUCAAUAAUUGCACCUAGCAGUACAGUAAGCUUGAGUCCCCUUUACUUGGGAGUGUAACUUGACCAGCUUCCUCAUUUGGUUACAGUUAUAAGAAAAGCUUUUUGUGUUUUAGGGCUGGUGAUGUGGUGAGGGCAAUUUCUUAGGAGCCCGGGCACCGCUACAGAAGCAUUCCUCUUUCACUGGUCUGCUAAACAUUGCAGCGCUACAGAAAACUGUGACAGCCUGGAGACCCCACACCAGCAGAACAAACUCUGUGCAGCUCUCUCUGCAGUCUCUGGGUCAGCAAACCCGCAAACCUUUCCUAGUGUAAAUAUAUUUUCGGCAAGAUAAUGUAUAUUAUGGAGUAUAUUGAGGACAUUAAAAAAAUCAUGUCAGACCUUCAAACCAUUUUGUAAGCUUUGAGUUCAUCAGUUCACUCUCCCUCCAAAUUAUCCCAAAUCAGUUCUCUGUAAGUGGCUUUGAAUCAUCUCUGGUUUAACAGCAGGUAGGAACUGAGCUAGCUUACAUCAAUGGCUAGGCUUAAUUGUUACAAAUUCGUUUUAAGCUUAUUUGAGGGUGUCACUUUUCCUAUCACCAGUUAAUCGGUACUUACACCAAUAUGAUUUUUAUUACAGCACCAGCAUUUGAAAUUCAUGCUACCACUCUGCCUGAAAAUUAUCUUGUUGCCUUGCGGUGAACCAUGAAGCAAUAAUCGAAUCUAUUUUUGCCCUGUGCUACUGGUUUGAUUUAUUGAUUAGCUGACCUUAUAAACCUUCCCUGCCAGAUUAAGUAAAUACAUUUCUGCUUGCUUGUUAGCAUUUGAAGCACCACUUCUGAUCAUUUUCUUCUCUGCUGGAAGAGACUUGCAAGGUUAUUAGAAGACUUAAGUAGUGUUGACUUAUGGGUUGAACCGCUUCCUUCCCAGACCCCCGUAUCCUCCGUAAUUCUUGGAGAGGUUCUGACACAAAUGCUGAUUCUGCCUAGCACUUAUGGGAAUGUAGACAUC